AUGACCAAGUUCUACCAGCACAUCCUGGCCUUGGUCUUUGCUGUUGACAAGAUCAACGACAAUCCCAAGAUCUUGCCCAAUGUUACUCUUGGGUUCCACAUCUCUGACAGCUACUCUAACUCAAGAAUGACCUACCAAACCACCCUGGGCCUGCUUUUUAAAUCACAUCAGUUUGUCCCCAAUUACAAAUGUGGCAUCCAUCAAAAUGUAAUAGGAGUCAUUGGGGGGCUUGCCUCUGUUACCUCCUCACGCAUGGCAGAUAUCUUAGGUCUUUUCAAGAUUCCGCAGUUUUCAUACGGCUCAUUUCCACCACCAAUGAAUGAUCCAAUCAAUGGUCCCUCCUUUUAUCGCAUGGUUCCCAACGAAGGCCUUCAGUACCAGGGAAUUGUGCAGUUACUUCUCCAUUUCAACUGGAAAUGGGUUGGGCUCAUUACCGAAAAUGGUGAAGGUGGAGAACAAUUUUUGCAGAUGAUGGAUCCAAUACUCUCCAGGAAUGGAAUCUGUUCAGCAUUCACAAUAAUGCUUCCAGAACAUAUGCAUAUCAGGAAUGCAGAUGGAAUUAUCAAGAUCGCAAAGGAGGUUUUGCCAAUUAUCAGUGCAGGCAAUAUCAACGCUGUUGUUAUCUAUGGAGAUACCUCAUCAAUUAUAACGUUGGCUAACAUUAUAGGAAUAACCAAAGUAAUGAAAGGAAUAUUUCUUCAAAAUAAAAAGGUGUUCUCUGCAACAAAAGUGUGGAUUACCACAGCACAGAUUGACUUCACAUUACAUAACUUUCAAAUGUUAUUUGAAAUUGAUAUUCAAUUUUUUGAAGGUUCUAUCUCCUUCUCAAUUCAUUCCAGGGAAUUACAAGCGUUCCAAGAAUUUGUAAGGAAUAUCGACCUUUCUUGGUCAGAGGAAGAUGGUUUUAUGAACAAUUUUUGGACACAAGCAUUUGGUUGUUCAUUUUCAACCUCUGCAUUCAUCUCUAAUACAUGUACUGGAGAUGAGAAGCUGGAGAGCCUCCCUACACCUCUGUUUGAAAUGAGCAUGACCGGCCACAGCUACAAUGUCCAUAACGCUGUGUAUGCUGUGGCACAUGCCUUCCAUAUCUUGAUGUCAGUUAGAUCCAAAUACAGAACAGUGGAGGGCAUGCAAACAUGGUCUCCUUUGAAUGUAGAACCCUGGCAGCUGCACUCAGUUCUUCAGAGGAUCUCCUUCAACAACAGUGCGGGAGAUGAAAUUACAUUUAAUGAACAUGGAGAAUUAGUAGGUGGAUUUGAUAUUACAAACCUGGUCACUUUCCCAAAUAACUCCUAUGUCAGAAUCAACGUGGGAAGACUGGAACCUCAGGAUUAUCCUAACCAAAAGAUCACCUUUAAUGAAGAGAGAAUCAAAUGGCACAGAGGAUUGACUCAGAAAUUUUGCUGCUAUGAUUGUGUUCGAUGUCCAGAAGGAAUGAUCUCAACUGAGGCGGAUGAAGAAACUUGUGUCAGUUGCCAAGAGGAUCGUUACCCAAACAGAGGGCAGAAUCAAUGCAUCCCUAAGAUUCCAAACUUCCUUGCUUUUGAUGAAACUUUAGCCAUUAUUUCAACUAUCUCUGCACUCUUGUUGUCUCUGGUCACAGUUCUGGUGCUGGUCAUCUUCAUUAAGCACCGGGAUACUGCCAUAGUCAAAGCCAACAACAGAAGCCUCACCUAUAUUCUCCUCACUUCCCUCCUCCUGUGUUUCCUCUGCUCCUUGAUGUUCCUUGGAAAGCCUACUGAGGCAACCUGCCUUCUCCAACAAACUGCUUUUGGUAUUAUCUUCUCUGUGUCCCUGUCUAGCAUCUUGGCCAAAACCAUAUCUGUAGUUUUGGCAUUCAUGGCUACUAAACCAGGAUCCAGGAUGAGGAACUGGGUGGGGAAAAGACUGGCUUAUUCCACUGUCCUCUCUUGCUCUGUUGUUCAAGUAGUGAUCUGUGCUCUGUGGCUGGCAACCUCUCCCCCAUUCCCAGAUUUGGAUAUGCACUCAUCACCUGAAGAAAUCAUAUUGUUAUGUAAUGAAGGGUCAGUUCCCAUGUUCUAUUGUGUUUUGGGUUACAUGGGCUUCCUGGCCAUUGUCAGCUUCAUUGUGGCCUUCCUAGCCCGGAAAUUACCUGACACUUUUAAUGAAGCCAAGUUCAUCACCUUCAGCAUGCUGUUAUUUUGCAGUGUUUGGAUCUCCUUUGUUCCUACUUAUCUGAGCACACGAGGAAAGUACAUGGUAGCUGUGGAGAUCUUUUCCAUCUUGGCUUCCAGUGCUGGAUUAUUGGGUUGCAUCUUUUCCCCAAAAUGCUACAUCAUUCUGGUGAGACCUGAGUUAAAUAACAGAGAAAAUCUAAUACGGAAAAAAAUAUAA